AGAGAUGUUUGCGCAACCUCAGUGUAUCGCAAGUGUGUACCAGUUCCCCCCUCCUCAUUUCAAUGUAAGAUGGUGGCAAGAAGCAACUAGCUACCAAAAGAAGUAACCUAGCCAGAAAGCUACCUAACUUAGAAAUAUUUCGUAUAACCCUAUCUCUAUCAUAUCUGCAACUAUAGAAUUUCUAGGUAGACUACUAGGUAAUCGAAGAGAAAUUCCAUUGUGUUCCGUACACACAUCUAACGAUAUCUGACACUUGAGCAAUUUCCGCCUAAAUUGGUGUGAAUAUUGUUUGGAGUGGAAUCCUUGCAAUCAGGACUACAUACGGAGUAUGAAAGCAUACGGGGGUUGUCUCUUAAGGAAGAGCUGUGGGCAUGUGUCUCCAUGAUCCCACUGAGAGCCACCAGUGAUCACUGUGCUGUAGGAUGUCUCGCAGCCCAGACGUCAAAGAGGACCCCAUGGAGUGCCCACUGUGCAUGGAGCCCUUGGAGAUCGAUGACGUCAACUUUUUCCCCUGCACCUGCGGCUACCAGAUCUGCCGCUUCUGCUGGCAUCGCAUCCGCACAGAUGAGAACGGCCUCUGUCCCGCUUGCAGAAAGCCCUACCCAGAGGACCCAGCUGUUUACAAGCCCCUUUCACAGGAAGAGAUCCAGAGGAUAAAGAACGAGAAGAAGCAGAAGCAGAACGAGAAGAAGCAGAAGGUCACGGAGAACCGCAAGCACCUGGCCAGCGUGCGCGUGGUCCAGCGGAACCUUGUGUUCGUGGUUGGGCUGUCUCAAAGGCUCGCCGACCCAGAGGUUCUUAAAAGACCAGAGUACUUUGGCAAGUUUGGCAAAAUCCAUAAAGUAGUCAUCAAUAACAGCACAUCGUAUGCAGGUUCACAGGGUCCAAGUGCCAGUGCGUAUGUCACGUACCUCCGCUCAGAGGAUGCCCUGAGAGCAAUACAGUGUGUCAACAAUGUUGUUGUGGAUGGUAGAACUCUAAAGGCUUCCUUAGGUACAACAAAAUACUGCAGUUACUUUUUGAAAAGUAUGCAGUGUCCCAAGCCAGACUGCAUGUAUUUACAUGAACUGGGAGAUGAAGCAGCUAGUUUUACAAAAGAGGAGAUGCAGGCGGGAAAGCACCAAGAAUAUGAACAAAAACUACUCCAAGAUCUCUACAAAUCAAAUCCCACUUUCCUACAACCUUCAACAUGUGGCAGUGAAAAGUCGAAAGGAAAAUCCAGCUCCUCCCAAAGACCUGGCAGCACCAACAAAGAUGGCUGGCCCGUGCUACAAGGCUGUGGUAAGGCAGUCAAUGGUCUACCCACAGAGCACCGUAAAACGCCUCCCGUCUUAGACUGUGGCUCAGACUCCGACCACAUGACCCCAGACGGGCCAGACUCUGAGGAGCUGUGUCCAGAUCAGGGCAUCUCGCCUUUCCCCUCAGCAUUAGACCCCUCCAGUUCCAUUGAUAAACCUCCAGAAUCAAACAGUAUCACAGAGAAUGGAGAGGCUACCCCACAGACAAUGCUCUCGUCUCUCGUUCACCGCUCCUCGGUUCAUCAGCUCCCCAACAGUGACCCCCCCUCGCCUCCCCCUGGCCUGACCAAGCCCAGUCUAGUGGUGCCCAUCAGUGUGGCCGAUCUCACAGCACGCUCGCCGUUUGAGGGGGCGGCCGCCGAGUCGCGCUCGCUCUUCUCCGACAACAGCAACUUCCGGCACCCCAACCCUCUCCCGAGCAGCCUGCCCUCUGGCCCCUGCUCACCUCAGGGCGGGUCCGACUGGCCCAUGACCCCCGAACCACAGAGCCUCUUCACCUCAGACACCAUUCCUGUGUCUUCGUCAACGGACUGGCAGGCGGCCUUCGGCUUCGGCUCCUCAGCCAAGCAGCAGCAGCAGGACGACGACCUGGGCUUCGACCCCUUCGACGUGACGCGCAAGGCCCUGGCCGACCUCAUUGAGAAGGAGCUGUCCGUGCAGGAGCUUCCCUACUCUUCCUCCUCCUCCUCCUCCUCCUCCUCCGCACUCUCCCCCGGCCUGUUCCACACACACGCCCACCUGUACCGCUCCAGCCUGGCGCAGCGCUUCGGCCACCUGCACCAGCGCGCCCCGCUCAACGGCCACCUGGGCCCAGCGCCCGUCCAGACCACUGCCCGCCACCCCUGGAUGGGGGCGUCCACGCGCAAUAACCUGGCACACUUGAACCACACAGCUGUGCACAGCAGCUUCUUGGACUUGAAUUUGCCAGUGCAGGAGCAGCAUCACCCUCACAACACCGGCCUCGGGGGCAUUCCCAUAUCAGACAGCAAUGGCUCUAUAGAGAGCCUCAACGUCAAAGAGUGGCAGGAUGGCUUGCGAGCGCUCCUACCAAAUAUCAACAUCAACUUCGGGGGCCUCCCCAGCUCUACCUCCUCCUCCUCCUCCUCCUCCUCCUCCUCCUCCUCCAGCGUAAACCACAUGGGGGGGCCCGGCGGCCCCCCAGCAGGGCUCUCGCACAGCCUCAGCUGGGACGCAACGGCCAGCUGGAUGGACCCGGCCAUCAUCACAGGGAUCCCCGCCACCGCAGGCAACAGUCUGGACUGUCUCCAGGACGACAAUCCGCCACACUGGCUGAAGUCCCUGCAGGCGCUAACAGAGAUGGAGGCCCCGGCCAGCACAGCCCCCCCCCCUCAGCAGCAGCAGCCCCUCCCACAGCACCACGUGGGGCUGCUGGACACACACCUGUCCUCUCUGCACAGAUCCGGCUGGGCGUCCUACCUGCCCCCCCCCUCCAGCGCCACCCCCAGCCACUACCACUCGCCUCCGCCCGGCUUUCAGACCGCCUUCAGACCCCCCGGCCAGACCGCCACGCCAGACAUGCUACAGACCGCCGCCAUGGACCGCCACUAGGGACACACCCAUCACUCCCACACACAUGCACACGCACACACACACACACACACACACACACACACACACAAACAAAAACACACAUAUUCAACCAUGAGAACUCAAGGCCAAACUUGUAACACUGAUUAACAAGAUGAUUAUCUGAUGAUUUGUUCUCCCUCCCUCCCUUCCUUCAUCCCUCUCUCCAUCCCUCUCUCCCUCUCUCCCUCCCUCUGACGGCCUGUUUGUUGGGAACUCAUUUUUUGUUUUGCUUUUUGCUUUUGUUUGUUCAGUGGGUUUUGUUUCGUGGCUCACACGUCAUCAAUAUUCCAGUGGCCCCAACAAGCAUCCAACCGUAGUCAAGUGACCACAUGUAUCUAUUGCAGCGUCCACCUCAGGGUGGGUAAGGCAGGAGUGGGGGUCACCUCAGGGUGAGCUCAUGGGGGCAAGGCAGGAGUGGGGGUCUGACCGUCAUCAUCAUACCUCUUUCAGUUCGCUAGCUAAGCGAGUAACGAGUUAAUUACAUAAUAGUGCACAGAUGACUUGUUGAGGUAUUGCGAACGGAAUAGCCCCACAGAACAGCAACGGGUUGGGAGGUGGAGGGAGUAGGCCCUGACUUGACCUGACAGCUCGCAUUCUUACUGUGAUUCUUGCCCACCUGCUGGUCAGUGUCCCUCACUGCUUCAGUGUGUGCAUCCAAGCAAUCAGAGAUGUGGUCAAGGAAGGUAGAGUGGCGAUGACGUGCAGAUGCUGCACUACUGGUACUUGUGGCCCGCGUGGUCGGUGUGCCACCGGUUAGAGCCGCGAAUGACCUCGUGGGCAAGGUCAUGGAAAGUCCAAAAAAGGUCACGGUGUCCCACCACGGUUAGCCGACAGGCUCGUCCACCUAAGGGCUGACGCAAAGCCAGAUCUCUGCAUCAGAGGGAGGCGUGCUGCCGAGCCGGGCGGAGGAUGGGAGGCCUUCUCCAUCCAGAGUCCAGGCGCUGUAGGCGGAGGCGUGACCUUAGUUGGGUUUGGAGGCUGAGAGCGCCACCAUGUGGCACAUGUCAUUGCUGCCCCUCAAGCAAUUCAGAAAGAAAACAAAAAAAAGCUGCUUUAAUAACCGUAGAGCCAUUGAGUUGGGAGUUGAGGGCAUGGCUGCAUGUGUUGAAUGCGUCUGUUAGAUUUGGCACAGAACAGCACUGCAAGGCCUUAAAAGUGUGUCAGUAGAGCAAAGAACAAGUGUGGAUGCCGAGUGAUGCGUAGUUAUAUGACUUUGACAUUGAAAAGGAAGAAAGGAAAAAAAGAUCCGAGUAAACGCUUAAGGUAGUGAGUGUGUAUUGAAAGACUGAUGCAAGACCACAACAAAAAUGGCCGCUCUCGGGAGCCCUGAAUCACUUCCUCUCCUUCUCAGCUGAUUUCCUUUUUCUUUUUAACCGUCUCUAUCCGUAUCAAGCCGGGCCGGACUAAUCAGUGUUCACCAGAACAAGUCAUGAGGCUGGGGAGGCCAGUGCAACCUUGAGUUUGAACGUGCUGCUGAGAGAAACACAUCUAACACAACAAAAACAAAGAGCUUAAAAGAACUGACCCCUUUUCUGAAGGUCGUGAAAAGAAACAGAAUAUUAAAUAAAACAAAGAACUCUGA